AUGCCCGCCUCCAGCUUCACCCUCGACAACCUCUUCUCCGUGCGCGGCCGGCACGUGCUCAUCACGGGCGCGGGCACCGGCCUGGGGCAGUACAUGGCGAAGGGGUUCGCGGCGAACGGCGCGGUGGUGUACCUCGCCGCGCGGCGGGCGUCCGCGCUCGCCGAGGCCAAGGCUGCCGUCGCGGCCGUCGCGGACCCCGAGGCCGUCAUCCACACCGUCGUGCUCGACGUGACUGACCGCGCGGCCGUCACGGCGUUCAUCGCCACGCUCUCCCGCCUCGACGUGCUCAUCAACAACGCGGGCAUCUGCCUGCCCGACACGCCGAGCAGCCACAAGCUCCCCGUGGCGGAGCUGCAGGCUGCGCUGCUCUCCUCGCCGCCAGACACCUGGGCAGCGACAUUCGCGACCAACGUCGAGGCGCCGUACUUUCUCUCCGCGAGCGCACUGCACCUCCUCGCGAGCAGCUCGCAUAGCGGGCGGAUCAUCAACAUCUCGAGCAUUGGCGCGCUGAACAGCGACCCGCGGAGCUCCCAGCCAGCGUACCAGGCCUCCAAGGCGGCAGUGAGCCACCUCACGCGGCUGCUGGCGAGCAAGUUCCGCGAGCACGGGGUCCGCGUGAAUGCCAUCGUGCCCGGGCUGUUCCCGAGCCAGAUGCAGGACCCGAACGACGGCAAGAGCCAGCUGUCCAAGGCGGGCGACAUCGUGCCCCUGCGCCGCGGCGGCGAGGAGGAGGAUAUCGCCGGCACGGCCAUCUACCUCGCCUCCCGCGCCGGCAGCUACGUCGACGGCGACGUGAUUGUGCUCGGUGGCGGACGCAACUGGGCCGGCCCCGAGAUCCACGCUCCGUGA